GAGACUCCAAGACGCGGCCCCAGUUCUCACUCCCAUUGAGUGCGCGGUUUCUAGAGAAGCCAAUCAGCGCCUCCGCCGUUCCCUGUGGUAAAGUCUUCACUGACCCGGCCUAGACCCAGAUUCUCCCCAGACCCCGAGGAUGCGGGUCAGGGCGCCCCGAACCCUCCUCCUACUGCUCUCGGGGGCCCUGGCCCUGACCAAGACCUGGGUGGGCUCCUCCCACUCCCUGAGAUAUUUGCACACCGUCUUUUCCCCGCCCGGCCGCGAGGAGCCCCGCAUCAUGUCGGUGGGCUACGUGGACGACACGCAGUUCAUGCGAUUCGACAGCGACGCCGCGAGUCCGAGCGUGGAGCCGCGGGCGCCGUGGGCGGAGCAGGAGGGGCCGGAGUAUUGGGAGCGGGAGACGAGGAUCUACUUGGACACUGCAGAGAAUUUCCGAGUGGAGCUUAAAACCUUCCACGACUACUACAACCAGAGCGAGGACGGGUCUCACACCUUCCAGUGGAUGUAUGGCUGCGACGUGGGGCUCGAUGGGCGCCUCCUCCGCGGGUACAGUCAGAUCGCCUACGACAGCGCCGAUUUCCUGUCCCUGAACGAGGACCUGCGCUCCUGGACCGCGGCGCACCCGGGGGCUCUGAUCUUCGCGCACAAGUGGGAGGCGGCAGGUGCGGUGGAGCGCCACGGAAUCUACCUGGAGAGCACGUGCGUCGAAUGGCUGGGCAGAUUCCUGGAGAACGGGAAGGAGACGCUGCAGCGCGCAGACCCUCCGAAGAUGCAUGUGACCCACCACACCACCUCUGACCAUGAGGUCACCCUGAGGUGCUGGGCCCUGGGCUUCUACCCUGCGGAGAUCACCCUGACCUGGCAGCGUGAUGGGGAGGACCUGACCCAGGACAUGGAGCUUGUGGAGACCAGGCCUGCAGGGGACGGGACCUUCCAGAAGUGGGCGGCUGUGAUGGUGCCUUCUGGAGAGGAGCAGAGAUACACGUGCCAUGUACAGCAUGAGGGGCUGCCUGAGCCCCUCAUCCUGAGAUGGGAGCCGCCUCCUCAGUCCACCAUCUCCAUCCCGGGCCUCGUUGUUGGCCUAGUCCUCCUUGGAGCUUUGGUCACUGGAGGUGUGGUGGCUGGAGUUGUGAUGUGGAGGAAGAAGCGCUCAGAUGGAAAUGGAGGGAGCCACAUACUGAGUGAAGGCAGUGACAGUGCUCUAAUGUGUCAUGGCAGCAUGAGAAGGUGCCUUAUGGGGGACUGAGUGAUGCAAGAUUUGUUCAUCCCACUUCCCUUGUGACUUCGGGAACCUCUGAUUUCUCUUUUUGCAAAGGGUGUCUGAAUGCGCCUUUGUUCCUAUUAGCAUAAUGUGAGGAGGUGGGGAGACUGCUCUCCUACAUGACCCCCUCCCCACACUGACCUGUGUUCUCUUCCCUGACUCACUUUCCUGUUCCAGCAGAGGCGGGGCUUGGCCGUCUCCAUCCCUGUCUUUACUUCAUGUUGCCCUGAGCUGCAGCUUCUUACUUCCUUAUUAAAAAUAAAAUCCUGGAUAUGAA